GGGGCGGGGCCGAGGCAACGCGGAGGCGGUGAGCGCGGGAGGCUGCGGUGAGAGCGCGACAUUGCGGCUGGACCCCGGCCCGGUAGCCCUGCCACCAUGAGCACCAAGCAGGUUACUUGCAGGUAUUUUAUGCACGGUGUGUGUCGGGAAGGAAACCAGUGCCUGUUCUCACAUGACUUGGCAAACAGCAAGCCAUCUACCAUCUGCAAGUACUACCAGAAGGGCUGCUGUGCCUACGGGACCCGUUGCAGAUACGAUCACACAAGGCCCUCUGCUGCAGCUGGUGGUGCUGUGGGCUCCGUGCCCCACAGCGUGCCGUCCCCAGGCUUCCACAGCUCUCAGCCUCCGCCCGACCUCAAUGCACCUAUUGUGAAAACUAACUUACAUGAGCCUGGGAAACGUGAGAAGAGAACACUGGUACUUAGAGACCGAAAUCUUUCUGGCCUGGCUGAAGAAAAGGCUUGCCCAAGUGUGAGUGCUCCAGGAGGCAGUGAUCCCCAGAGUAGCCUGGAAAUGAAGCCGCAUUCCUACCUGGAUGCAAUCAGGAGUGGCCUCAGUUACGUAGAAGCCAGCAGCUCCUACAGCAGCGAGCAGCAGCUGUGCCCCUACGCGGCUGCCGGGGAGUGCCGGUUUGGAGAGGCUUGUGUCUACCUGCAUGGGGACAUGUGUGAAAUCUGUAGGCUACAAGUGCUGCAUCCCUUCGACCCAGAGCAGAGGAAAGCUCAUGAGAAGAUCUGCAUGUCAACAUUCGAACACGAGAUGGAAAAGGCCUUUGCCUUCCAGGCAAGUCAGGACAAAGUGUGCAGUAUCUGCAUGGAAGUGAUCCUCGAGAAGGCAUCUGCUUCUGAGAGGAGGUUUGGGAUUCUCUCCAACUGCAAUCACACAUAUUGCUUGUCCUGCAUCCGACAGUGGAGGUGUGCCAAGCAGUUUGAGAACCCAAUCAUAAAGUCGUGUCCAGAAUGCCGUGUGAUAUCAGAGUUUGUAAUUCCAAGUGUGUAUUGGGUGGAAGAUCAGAAUAAAAAGAACGAAUUGAUUGAAGCUUUCAAACAGGGAAUGGGGAAAAAAGCUUGUAAGUACUUUGAGCAAGGCAAGGGGACCUGCCCAUUUGGAAGCAAAUGUCUUUACCGUCAUGCUUACCCUGAUGGGCGACUGGCAGAGCCUGAGAAACCCCGGAAGCAGCUCAGUUCUGAAGGCACUGUGAGGUUCUUCAAUUCAGUGCGGCUCUGGGAUUUCAUUGAGAACCGAGAAAGUCGGAAUGUCCCCAGCAACGAAGAUGUUGACAUGACUGAGCUUGGGGAUCUCUUCAUGCACCUGUCUGGUGUGGAGUCAUCAGAACCCUGAAGAAUAGAUGGGUCACCUGCAUCUUGGGCUCUGCCAGCAGAGCUUCCUUUACUGCAGCUCCAGGUGGCGUGUUGCUUGGAUUUGAGUGGGGUUGUAUUUAAUCUUGGUCUCACCCAUUCUCCACUAUUACAGCCACGAGAAGAGUGAAGGAUAUAAAAUAACCCAACAAGUGUAUGGAAUCACUACUUUUAUAGUUAAUACCUUAGUUGCACCUCAGGUUCCUCAGGGGGAACCAGCUAAACAGCCAGGCUGAGUUUUGAUUGAUUGCUUUUAAAACAAAUUUGGCUCCUGUCCUUCAUGAGCUUUAGCUCCCUGAAAACAGUCAACGUGCAGUUGCCCUUAGAACAGAUUUCAUUUUCUUUCCAACAGAUUCUUCACUCCUACAAAGGAUUCCUACAGUUAAUUUCCAUAGUACUUGUGGUCAAAAACCAUACAAAGCUUUUCCAGAGGUGAAAAAUGGGUACUGCACUCCUUAGUGUCCCAAAUCAGAGCAGGAGUCUUAUUGCCGUAUAUUUAGUAAGUAGAGUAUAAACUUUCUUCCGUGUAAGGGAGGCUCUUGAAAUAGCAGAAAGUGUACAGAGUAGCAGAGGUAUAUAGCCCCUCAAUUCUGGCUGGUUUGGGGGGCCACAGCUGGAAGAAACCUUGUACUCGCACCUCCAGGGAAACAUGUCCCUGGUUCUCUCCCCUGUGGGCACAGGCUCUAAGGUAAUUGUGCUGAGGAUUCAGCACCCAUGUGCUCUUAUGUGUGGCUCCUACCCAAGUCAUCUAGUCUUACCUGUAAAGCUUGGCUUUAACUUGUGAACACUGAACAGCAUCCAAAAAAGUCCUGUUUCUGACCCAGCAGUAGUCCUCAGCAUGAAAUCUGUCAUCAGUUGUGAUUUUAAUUGAAGGAGCAUAAUCUUGUGAAUCAGAACUCAUUCUAACCCUGAAUUACGUAUUUUUAUAAAUAGCUAGAGAUAUCAGAUAUUUUGUAAAGUGCAUUAAAGUGUGGGUAGAAAAAGA